GUGUGGGCGGGAGUCAAGGCUGUGACGUUCCGGAACUGAUGGUGUAGUGGGAGGAGCCAGAGAAAAUUAGCAGAGGCUACCGGGACUGGAAAACUCAGGGAUCCAGACUAACCCCCUGCAGCUAGAGUAAACGGCAGAGGGGGAGCCGAGACCGGGUCCCAGCAAGGCAACCAGGACGUGAAAGCUCACCCGAGCUACGAGAGUCACGUGGGACGGACUACAAAACUCACCCCGGUCAGAGCAUCACGGUGGCGGGAACCACAGGCCGGGGUCUGGAAAACUAUCAGUGAUGUGACUGUGGACUUUGCCUGGAGAAGGAGGAAUACUUAGACCCUGCCCAGAGAGCUUUGGACAAAAACCUGCUGAUAGAGAACUACAGCAGUCUGAUUUCUGUGGGGCACAGCACUGUAUUUGAUCUAAGUACUUAAUGAAUCAAUCUGUUUCUCACAUGCAAAUCUCACACUGAUGACACCUGGUCACCUGUCUGGAGCAAAACAAAGAGCCUUGGAAAGUGAAGAGGCAGUAACAAAGGACCAGAAGAAUUCCUAUCAUUGUUCUUAAUACAAAAGGCUGAGAGAAGAGAGCAACAGGGAGAAAUGGAUGGUUCUCUGAUAAACACAUCUCAGGGUCUGUUGACAUUCAGGGAUGUGGCUGUGGACUUCUCCCAGGAGGAGUGGGAAUACCUGGACUCUAUUCAGAGGGCUUUGUACAUUGAUGUGAUGAUGGAGAAUUACAGCAAUCUGGUCUCUGUGGAGAACUAUUGCAUGUGUGAGAUUGUCCAUCAACAUAUGGAUAGUGAAGAGAUAUAUUCUAAAUGUAAUGAUGUUGAUGAAAUCCUUCAUGAAUCCAACAGAUAUACAGUUUAUAAAACAAGUAAUACUACAGAAUAUUUUGAUAACUUUAGCUGUGAUUGUAGUCACAGGAAUACCUCGAUUGAAUCACCAAAUCUAAAUAGAGAUAAAAGCAUGCACACUGGAGAAGAAACUUGCAAAUGUAAAAAUUCAUUAUUUGCCACUACCUACAAACUUAUGCAACAUGCAGUCUGUAUUGGAGAGAAACCACACAAAUUUAGGAAGUGUGGGAAAUGCUUUGGUUCCUGUUCAAGCCUCACUGGACAUCCAAGAAUUCAUACUGGAAAGAAGCUAUAUAAAUGUGAUGUUUGUGACAAAUCCUUUACCCAUUGCUCAAAUCUUAGAACACAUAAAAAAAUUCAUACUGGAGAGAAACCUUAUAGAUGCAAUGACUGUGGUAAGUCUUUUAUUCAGUUGUCUGCACUUAAAAGCCAUUUCAUUGUCCAUACUGGAGAGAAGCCUUACAAAUGUCAGGAAUGUGACAAAUCCUUUGCCCAUGGUUCCACUUUCAGGAGACAUAAGAAAAUCCAUACUGCUGAGGAACUUUAUACUUGUCAAGAAUGUGGCAAAGUGUUUUAUCAGUUGCUAUACCUUAAAAGCCAUUACAGAACCCAUAUUGGUGAGAAGCCUUACAAAUGCAAUGAGUGUGACAGAUCAUUUAUUCACUGUUCAUCUUUUAGAAAGCAUCAGAAAAUACAUUCUAUAGAAAAACUAUACAUGUGCAAAGAAUGUGGUAAGACUUUCCUUGAGUUGUCACAUCUUAAGAGGCAUUAUAGAACCCAUACUGGAGAGAAGCCUUACCACUGUGAAGUAUGUGACAAAUCCUUUACCACAAACUCAAUUCUGAAAACACAUCACAGAAUUCAUUCUGGAGAGAAACCUUACAAAUGCAAAGACUGUGACAAAUCCUUUACCCAGCAUUCAAAUCUUAGAAGGCAUCAGAGAAUUCAUACUGGAGAGAAACCUUACAAAUGUCAUGAAUGUGACAAAUAUUUUACCCGAUUCUCAACUCUUAGAAGACAUCAGAAAAUUCACACACUGGAGAUAAAAAUACCAUUGUAAGUAAGUUGGCAUAUUCUUUAUCAAGAUCUUUAUCUUAGCCGGAUGGUGGUAGCUCACGCCUUUAAUCCCAGCACUCAGGAGGCAGAGCCAGGCAGAUCUCUGUGAGUUCGAGACCAGCCUGGG